AGGAGGUGACGGACCUGCUCCUUUGGGACUCGGCUACAGCGCACUGCUAGGUGCUAUCACCGGGCUCGGGGCUCACAAAACGUUCUUCAGCUGUAAAAUGCACAAUUAGGGAUCGAGCAGCGCCGUGUAGCUGUCAGCGAGGAUCCUCCGCUCGCGGAUCAGUUUGUGGGAAAUCUGGAAUAACUGAGAGGACAGAAAAGAGAGAUUCAUGGGGAAUCAGCGCAGCUACAUCGAGCAAAACGCCUGGAUUAUCUGAUUUGGGACGGGGUACUGAACAUUUUAAAGCUUCUCUGUUGCGCCGCCGCCGUGUCCAACUCGAGCCCACGACGUGUUUUUGUGUUUAGCUGGGACAGGGUUUUCGGAGCUCCGGUCAUGGCGGACCAAGAGGAGACUUUUGCCCUUCAAAACUCUCCCGGUGGCUCGGAUUCAAGGGAAUUACAGACCGAUAAUAAAUCAGAGAAACAGAACGGGACCUCAAGCAAAUCCCCAUCAUCACAGACAACUUACAUCCAGCAGGGAAUGGAGGGAAUAAAAGUCUACCUGCACGAGAGGGAACUCUGGAUGAAGUUUCACGAGGUGGGGACGGAGAUGAUCAUCACCAAAGCUGGAAGGCGAAUGUUCCCCAGCUUCAAAGUCAAGGUCACGGGAUUAAACCCCAAAACUAAAUAUAUUCUCCUGAUGGAUGUUGUUCCUGCGGACGACCAUCGAUACAAAUUCGCCGAUAAUAAAUGGUCUGUGACCGGGAAGGCCGAGCCUGCCAUGCCCGGCAGGCUCUACGUCCACCCGGACUCUCCCGCCACGGGGGCGCACUGGAUGAGGCAGCUCGUCUCCUUCCAGAAGCUGAAACUGACCAACAACCACCUGGACCCGUUCGGACACAUCAUCCUAAAUUCGAUGCACAAGUAUCAGCCGAGGAUCCACAUCGUGAAGGCGGAUGAAAAUAACGGCUUUGGCUCCAAAAACACGGCCUUCUGCACUCACGUGUUCCCAGAGACAGCCUUCAUUGCGGUUACGUCCUAUCAGAACCAUAAGAUAACCCAGCUGAAGAUUGAAAACAAUCCUUUUGCAAAAGGUUUUCGUGGGAGUGAUGACAUGGAGCUGCACCGGAUGUCCAGAAUGCAAAGUACCAAGGAGUAUCCAGUAGUGCCUCGCAGUACAGUGCGCCAGAGAGUUGGUUCCAGCCAGAGUCCGUUCAGCGGAGAGGUCCAGGGCAUGGCCACCCCCAGCGGUUUGAGCUCCCAGUACUCCCAGUGUGAGAACGGGGUCACAAGCACCUCACAGGACAUGCUGCCUCAGUCAGGCUCCUACCCCCUGCCACAUGAACACGGCCAGGAGUACCACUGCAUCAAGAGGAAAGCAGUGGAGGACGACUGUCACUCAGGUGAGCACAGCUAUAAGAAGGCCUAUUUGGAGAGCUCGUCCAGUGAGGAGGAUCAUUACUACCGUCCUGUUGGCUACGCUCAGAGUCUUGGCCUAGCUGGCGGGCCCUACCGCAGUGAAUCCAGCCAGCGGCAGGCCUGUAUGUAUGCCAGUGCCUCGCAGGGUGCUGAGCCAGUUCCUAGUUUGGAGGACAUCAGCUGCAACACUUGGGCCAGUGUUUCACCCUAUGGGAGUUGCUCCGUCACCACCAUGCAGCCAAUGGACCGGCUGCCCUACCAGCACUUCUCUGCUCACUUCACCUCAGGGUCUCUGGUGUCCAGACUUGGCGGGGUCGGGGGCCACGCCUCUCCGCAGUUGGGCGACAGCCACCACCCUGCCAUGUACCAGAGCUCCAUGACCCACCAGACUCUGGGCCGCCAGUGCAGUCCUGGGGCGGGGAUCCAGUCGCCAGCAGCUGGCCUACAGGGAAACGAGUACCUCUAUACACACGGCAUACCACGUACACUAUCGCCACACCAGUACCACACUGUACAUAGUGUCAGCAUCAUGCCAGAGUGGAACGAGAACAGCUAAAAGCUUUUUUUCCACUCUUCAAACAUAAAAAUAUUAAAAGGAAAAAAACAAAAAAAGGACCAAAAUAAGGCAGGGUUCAGAUGAAUUUAUAUUUAUAUUUUUUAGAGGAUGUGUUGCUGAUCAUCAGGUUUGGUUCACUGACAGCAGUAGAUUUUGGUGAGAUGGUGUUGAAGUAGUAAAGCGGGCAUCUUAUUACCUGUUGUGACAGCAUCUGCACUUAUAAGCAAAUUAAAAUGAACAAAGAGGAGCUGGACCACAUCUGAUGCAAAGACUGCUCCAGUGCAGAGAAAGCGAACGCAGUGGAAAUCCAGACAAUGAACAGAAGAACAAAAAAUGCUUCAGAUGCUUUGCCAGUUGUCCCCAAAUUGAUGGGUUCUUGUGCAGUGGUGUUUCUUGGAUGUCAAAUUACAAAUCUCUUGUUUUGUAUUCAUGUCCCAACAUUGUGUAAAAAAGGACGUUUGUCUUCUGUAACAUUAUCCUGAGUUUUCUUUUAAGUUUUUGUAGCUAACACCUACUUUGUAGUCAAAAUGCUAUAAGUUAAAAAAUUAAUAAGCAGAUGGGAGCUUUUGUUGUGGCUCAUUGGUGAAUUUGCUUGCUCUUAAAUCUGUCCUGUUGCUGGGGAACAUUUACAGGAACUUCAAGGAUUGAAUCUUAAUGCCAUCAUGAGAAACAUGACAGUAAAAAUCACAAGAAGGGCAGCCCUUCAAUUAAAUUGUUCAUUCAGACACAGACAUUUUUGGUAGACACCCUUCCUUAGCUUUCAAAGUGGCAACAGUGUUACAACCAAGUAUAAGUGAGCUCUAAAUCCUCCAUACAAAACAAAGCACAAUGAUGCAGCCAGUGGCAUUAACCUGGGCCUCAUUUCUGCAGUGUUAGCUAUAAUAUUCAAGGUUUUAUCAGCUACCUUUGACAUCUCAAUUUGCAGGAUGCGCUGCAUCGAAGUGCAGUCCAGUAAAGCCAUGAAAACAUCACUCAAACCCCGAAGAACUUCUUCACACUGUCUGCAUUCAGCUCUCCUAUUAACGUUUAGGUACAUUCAUACUAACAAAAGUUUUUGGAAGUGGAGGAACAACUGACAUUAGUUAUAAUUCAAAGUGCAGAUGGCUGAUUGAAACUGCCAACACCAAUUGUUCCAACCCACAAAAAAGAGACUAUUUUCACUAAGUUAAUUAUGGAAAAGAGCAAAAUGAUGUCCUGAGUAUUUUUAUUCCCACUUAAUGAAAUGGCACUAGUUAAGACAAAUGCAAACACUGAAAUUAUAAUGUUUCAGGCAUAAGCAACAAAUGUGAUUGUACCUCUAAAUGCAUUUGUGUGAUCUCUGUAUGGGGAAGCACAUUUUCCAUGCCACUAUUUCAACAUUUCAAGAAAAUUGGGUCUAAAAACACUUUAGAAGAAGAAUCAAAAUUCUGUUAUUUAUUUGGAUAUAACACAUUCCUCAUGGGGCAAAUGGCUGUGACAAACCACAGCACUUCAGUAUCACAUUGAAAUGUAAGGCCUUGUCCACACAAAUACAGGUAUUUUUGAAAACAGGGUUUUCCCCCCGUGGUCUUAAAAACACUCUGUCAAGAGCAUGCCAAACCAACAGGUGGUGAUAUAACCGUAACCCUAAAGCCAAACAAAAAAGAAAAUGUUGGUAGAAGCCUGAAAAAAACUGUUAACAAAAAACUACUUGGAGAAGUGACCUCUGUGGUGCAUUCUGACUCCUCUGAUUUUCAAUAUAGUGCAAGAGUAACUGUACAUUUAUGUGUAAACAUGUAAAAUCCCUGUUAGCAAGGUUAGUACCAACACUAUUUUGACCACGUGUGCCAUUGCACAAAAUUUGACCUCAUUUACAAUGCCUCACAAAGGGGAUAACAUGCACAUUCUGACAUGUAGAGCCAAAAAGUCUAUUUUAACUGUCUAUAAGUGAACACUGAAAAGACUCCAUGAAAAUCUUCACCCUGGAUGGAGUUUUACAAAAGAUCAGUUUUCAGUCACCAAAAACAUAGUUUGCGUGUAGACAAAAGGCCAAAAGACAGAAAAAAGCAAUGUUUUCAAAUAUGCCCAUGUACAUGUGGACCAGGCCUCAGAUAAUGUGACAAAGGUCUUUACAUCUGAAACAACCUAAAUAUUUUGCCCUCUUCCUAACAUAUCAACCCUGCAAAGUUUGAAGUUUCUCAUCAUGGUGUUAUUUCUAGUUGUGGGUUCCAUGGUGUCUCAUGCUGUUCUCAGUGAAUGUGUGUGUGCUCAAAAAUAUUUUGUAUUAAUCCCCAAAGUGGCACUUCUCUGACAAUCAAACUAUGUCAACAUGUACCACCCACAGUAGAAUGUAAAUUUGAAAACACAAACUUGAUACACAAAUAGAGUGUAUGUUAAAGGUAGGCUAUGUUUUACAUGUGGACAAAGGCGAUUUUUCAAAUGCGUAUAGUUGAUGAAAUGCUAUUUGUCAAUAGUAUUUAUUUUUCAACUAUGUAAAUCAGCUUGCUCCUGCAUCACAGAAAGAUGGUCCAAUUUCUUUUUUUUUUAUAGCCUGCUUUUAAUGAUUGUUUAUAGGAGUUUUUAAUCAUACUUAUAUAGAAAUCAGGAGAUUACUAUACAGUUGUCAGAAAGUAUCAAAGUAAGAUUGAAACACAUGGAUAACUUUGUAAAUAAACAUGUACAUAACAGAAUACCUGCAAUAAAUUGAAAACA